AUGGUUACCCAACCCUUUUGGGGCCCUGGCGAAGCACGGGAUGUCGUUGUUAUCCCCGGCAAUCCGAGGCCAAUAAUGGGAACCGAGGAUCCGGUCCCUGAAGCUGAAAUGGAUGCAGUAAAUGGCCGGCUCAACGAGCGCGGCGAUACUCUGCAUGAAUCCCCGGAUGCGGCACCCGUGGCCGUGAAGAUCUACAUACCGGUCAUAAUUGUGGUAUUCUUUGGACUCCAUCCCUCACCGCACGUCGCUGCCGUGAUGAAGCUAUUGGAAGCCCGCGCCAUCGUCUGCCGUGCGGAGAGCAUCGAUAACCUAGUGGCGCUAGUCGUGGAGGCCAGGGACAACAUCCACGGCGUGAUCCUGGCCGACCCACAGCUCAUGACCACCUAUGGUAACGCUUGGAAGACCAUCAAGGAGCUCGCCAUCACCCGCAAGUACGGGUGGCCGUUCAUCCUCGCCGGCAGCGGGAUCUGGGGCGCCGCGCGCUACCCCCUCAACUGCACCAGCUAUAUACGCUACGCGUUCGGGGUGCGCUGGCGGGUAAACCACCAGAUUCCCACCAACAGAGCGGAGCGCAAGAAGGUUCUGGUCCGAGGACGUCCGGGGGAGACCUUCCAGCACGCUGCGGUGUGGCUGAGCAAUAUCCCCAAGGCUGACCAGAUUGCCAUCGAGGCCAUGAACCCGGAUGACCCCCUUGUGAACUCGUACUUGCUCACGCCGAGGUACACCGCAACCUCGGUCAUGCUGCACUCGGAGAAGAAGGGGGACACUGAAAUGCUCGUGCCCCUGAUUGGCUGGAUCGGCAUCGUCAACAACCCCGAGGAGGAGGCCAAAUGGAUUCUGCGGCUGUGCCAGCUGGAGUUCGGGUUCACGACCAGUCCUCCACGGCGGUGGCCCGAAUAUACCGUUUCCUUCGAGCCAAGUGCUGAUAUCGUGCCGGUGGAGUCCACCAAUGCGGACGCAGACGCCUAG